AUGUCUCGGCGGAGGAGGGCUGCUGGUGACGGGCCAGCAGUCACUUUGCCGACCUUGGUGGACGGCAGCUCCUGCAGCGAGCUCAACUUUACAGCUGCAUUUGAGAAUCUGGAGAGCUACCUUUGCUUCGCGGUCCAUGGGGACCGCAGUGAAGAGCUGGGCUGCGCCAUUGGCCGCGUCCUAAGCCGAUACGAGAAGGAUUCGGAUGGUGCCUACUUGCAGCUGGCCUACGAGGGUUGCGAUGACGAGUACUACCGAUGGUACAUCCAAAAUGAAGGGAAGCAGGGCGGUCUUCCAAAAGACUGCUUGCAUCAUCUGUGCAGGCGGCAUGUGUCACGCUGCGGCCGAGCCCAUCGACAGCCACAUGUCGUGCACAUUCAGAAGUGGUGCCCCGUAACCAGGCAAGAGGCCCAUGACAUCCUUCGUGGUUGGGGCUUGCCAGGACUUCGUGCAGAGCCAGCCCAGUCUACUCACGCCCUCCAGACUACCCCAAAGUCUCGAGCGCAGAAGCCUGCAGCCAUGCAGAGCCUACCCGCGCCUAAGGCCGAAGAUGAGGAGCUGGAGGUGGACUGGGGCGACGAAGAGGAGCUGCCCCCGCUCAAGCGGUCCCGGAAACAGGCCGCAAAGGCCCGUGACGGGCGUGGAGCCGCCGACACAGCGGGCGCAGGUGAGCCAGGCCUUAGCGGCAAGAAGGUGGAGGAUCGUCUUGAGCUGUUGCGCGCGCAGCUUCAGGGCAAGCAGGCCGAGACGAAGACGGGAAAGAGCACAGGGGCGGUGCUGGCCGCCCGUGCCGUCGAGGCAAGCCAGAAGCCCAGAAAGAAGAAGAAGGCAGGGGAGGACGUCCUGCGCCAGCUCAAGCAGGCUUUGGGCCCUGGUGGCGGCCGGGGCUCUAGGGACAAGGAGGACAGCGACGACGAGACUGAGGACGUUGAGGACGACGGCCAGGAGGACGAGAGUUCCCUCACUGGCUGGCCUUCCCGGCGCCGAAAGCUCCGGAAGCUGGCCGAGGAGAAGCCUGGCAAGCUCCUCCUCACCACGCUGAAAAGCUUGCACGCACGAUGA